CUGAGUUUAUUCCCAUCACCGUUCACAUAUCCCUUAUCAUAUUCCCGUUCCCACCAUGUAUCAGAGCACUCGUCACCUCGAUAAGAACUGCACUCCGGUUGUAAAAAUAAAUACAUUUGUAUGUACACAUUUUUCCUUAUCGAAAUUCGGUUGUAUUAUAUCUGAGCCUAGAAUCCUUGUGCCUCGCGUUUCGUCUUUAUCCUACCGCGUCGCGUUUCUCGAUCGUAACUUACGGUGUAGUUUCCGAUUAAUUUUGCAGGGAGCACGGGAGAUAUGUUAAAAGUCGCGAAACCCAACGAAUUCGAUUUAGUUUUUAAGCUGCAAAUUCCGUAUUACGAAAGCAUCAUCGUGUCGCGAGAUUCUAAUAUUCCGGGCAAUGUAUUUCUCGACAUGACGCGCGUUUUAAAACUUCUUGAAGAGAAUCCCCGCGAGGAUUACCAGAGAUUUCGAAAAUUGCUUCAGGUACAAUUAGUCAACGCGCAAAACUUCCUCGACGUUGAUAAGCUUUGUUCCUGGCUUCAAAGUCUUUUUUCCCGAUCUCUCAACCGUAUCGCGAACUGCUUGGAGGUGGAUGGUAUUUUGUCUCAACUGAAAUAUAGGAUAUGUGGGCCGGCCCACACCAUUUUUGUUAAUGGAGAUCUGGAGUACUCGGUCGACUUUGUACCAGCCAUUCGUUUGGGGGCCACACAGAACGUGUUGCUUCCGGGUCCACUGAGAUACUUUAACCGAGCUAAUUUAACUUACUGGGAGGCAAUCCCCAAACCCCUGAAAAUUCAAACCCAAACUAGCAGCAUCUCAUUUAGGUCCUCCUUUUACGCCGCGGAAAGGGAGAUGUUGCGGGAUAAGCCAGAGAGCUGCCGGGAUGCAAUAAAACUUAUGAAGAAUUUUCGCGAUGUUAGGACCAACUUAGGUCACCUUAAGAGCUACUACAUUAAAACUUUGUUUCUUUGGAAAAUUAGGAACGAACCAGAGGCCUACUGGCACAUGCCGGUCACAGUCAUUUUACCUGAUAUGUUUGACGAACUGGCGCAUUGCUUAAGGCAUGGUGUUCUUCCCUUCUACUGGGACCCUGAAUUAAAUAUGCUCGAAGUCCUGACAACGGACCAAGUGUUGGAAAUGUACCUAUGUGUGCAAAAAAUCCCUACCGCGCUAAGGGGAGGGAGAUACGGAGACCGUCAGAAGUGUUACUCCCGAAUUGACAUUCUUAGGGUGUUCAGUCACAAGAACAGAAAGAAAAGUAGGGUUAACAAGCCAAAAUGGAAUGGUAUUGAACGGAUGAAAUCUAUACCCAAUGUAUGUACAUAAAUAUAUAAUCCAAUCAAAAAAGCCCUAAGAACAAAUAAAAAGGAAGAUAUCUACAAAGUACUGGCCCUUUCAAAUUUUGAAAAAUUAGAAAUCAAGAAUUGUGGGUAUUAUUUAAUCAUCAAUUACCGUUAUAUAUGUAAAAUUAAAUUUAUUUUG